AUGGGGUAUGGCUCUAGAUAUGGACCAUGGAAGUAUACGAUUUUACCCGAACCUCGUCUUGCUUCGGAACUCGCUCGUCUUUCGAGCGCGACAAGGGUCGGAAACGCUGAUUGCGUGUCCUUUCAGCCAUGUCCGAAUCCAGAAGAGGCGAGCCAGGAUCGAUACGUCGUGCAAGACUGGCAGCUCGCUGGGGGGGUCUGGAGGUUCGCCGCCAUCUUCGAUGGACAUGCAGGCGCAGAAAUGGCCGACCAUACGGUACAGAACUUGCCGUCACACGUACACGAUGCGUUGGAGGCGUUCGCCAAGGCCGACGUCCAUAAAGAGAAUGCGUCUUAUAGUUCGGACAUAUCCACCGUGCUCUCCAGCGCCAUCUCUGAAUUUGACGACGCAUCGUUGGCCGAGCUGCAGUCCCUCUUUCCUGGCGGUCUCGAGGAGAUCGCUACGCUCUCAGACAAGGAGAUCUCCAACAUCGUCAACUCUCCAGAGAACCUUCCCAAGGUCGUACGAGGCAUGAGAGGCACCACCGCUCUGCUGUCCCUCGUCGACCCUUCCGGCGAGAAUCUGUGGGUCGCGAGUCUUGGCGACUGCCAAGCUGGCAAGUCCUUGACCUCUGCGGGAAUGUGGAACGCCUCUCUGCUCAGCUCGAACCACAACGGCGACAACCCUGCCGAAGCCGAGCGUGUCAGGAAGGAGCACCCGGGAGAGCCCGAGUGCAUUCUGCGCAAUAGGGUAUUUGGGGCAAUGGCCUUGACGAGAGCCAUUGGGGACUACGUCUUCCGCCUACCUCGAGUCUGGGCCGACCGCAUAUUUAUGAAAUCGAAGAUUCCCUUCCGGUUCCACAGCGUCGUUCAGGAGUUCAUUGUUCGCAACCUUACGCCUCCGUAUAUGAACAACGAAGCGGAUAUCAGGCACGUUCGGUUGAAGAGCUCCGGUGACGACGCCAACUCGGAGCAUCUCCUUGUUAUGUGUUCCGAUGGCCUUAUCGACCUGUAUUCCGAUCGCGACACUCUUCAGGAGUCAGCGACCCAUUGGGUCAAAGUCGUGGGUCGAGAUGGGGGAGAAGGGAAUCUGGCGCUCCGUCUUUUGAGGGAUGCGUUGGGCGGAGGAGAUCUGGAAAAAGUGUCGAGGAUGCUCACGGUCGAGAUGUUCGAGAGAUGGAUGGACGAUACCACGAUUAUUGUGCAGAGGUUGUAG